UACUCUUUCAACAUUUCUCUCUUCUUCUCCGGCAGUUAUGGCUAUGAUUUCUCACCGUCUCCGGCGAUCGUUACUCACAGCAACUUCAUCUCUUAACCGAUCAGUCUCUAUCUCCCCAGCUUCCUCUGCUCCAACAGCCGAUUUCCCAUUUGUGUCAACACUGGUACAGAGAUCCGUUUUACGGCGUUUAACCUCAGUGAGUCGAGCUCCGGUGAGGCUGUUUUCGACGAGGCAGUACAAGCUCUACAAAGAAGGCGAUGAGAUCACGGAAGACACUGUUCUAUUCGAAGGAUGCGAUUUCAAUCACUGGCUCAUCACCAUGGAUUUCCCAAAAGAUAAUCCUUUAUCUCCUGAGGAAAUGGUCUCUGCCUACGAGCAAACCUGCGCCGCUGGGCUUGGUAUCAGCUUGGAAGAGGCCAAGACGAAGAUGUAUGCCUGUAGCACAACAACAUACCAAGGGUUUCAAGCUAUCAUGACUGAACAAGAGUCCGAAAAGUUCAAGGAUCUACCCGGAGUUGUGUUUGUGUUGCCAGAUUCAUACAUUGAUCCCGUGAACAAAGCAUAUGGAGGAGAUAAAUAUGAGAAUGGAGUUAUCACACACAGGCCGCCACCAAUUCAGGCUAACAGAAGAACCCGUGAUAAGUUCAAUCAGAGAUCUGACCGUCAAGGCGGUCCUCAAAAUUUCCAAAGAAACCCAAAUUAUGGUCAGCAACCGCCAAUGCAAGGUGGUGGAGGAGGCUAUGGUGGUCCUCAGCAGAGCUAUGGUCCUCCAGGAAAAGGAAAUCAAGCUCCUCCUCCACCAUUUCAGGGAGGUUACAACCAAGGACCGCCGCGAUCUCCACCACCUCCAUAUCAGGCAGGUUACAAUCAAGGCCAGGGAUCUUCGGUGCCUCCAUUCCAAGGACCACCAGGUGGUUACGGUCAAGGCGGACCUAGUAGCUAUAGCCAAGGACCACAAGGAGGUUACAACCAAGGAGGGCCUAUGAAUGGGAACUAUGGUCCUGCACCUGGAGCUAGAAAUCCCAAUCUUGGAUAUGGUCAGGGAUAUGCUGGACCUGGACAAGAGGUGAAUCAAACAAUUCCACAGGCUGAUCAGAGAAAUGCUGCUGGAGACUGGAACAACAAUAAUCCAGUAGGCCAACAGGGUUCUGACCAAUUUCCACAGGGGAGAAGAUACUAGACAGAGACAUGAUGCUUGCUGCUGUGGAAUGAGCUGGAUCAGGAGGGAAUAAUCAGAGCAGCACUUUUUUAUUAAGUUGUAGAGUACAUAGUUUUGUUAGUCAGCUUUCUACAUUGUUUGGUUGCAUCAGUUAACUUGAAACAUUUUUGCAAAUCAUUCUUUUAAAAUUCAGCCUGCCUAUUUUACUUGAGAUU